AAAUGAUGUCGCGAGCGUGCCCACAAUUGAUUUCGCUUUCAAAAAAGCAGUUUGCGGCAGGAUUUUCAACAUGUCAGCGGAUGUAUCAGAAAUAUAAUGAGCCUCUUUCAGGCCACGAAAUGCCAAGAGCAGGAGGAAUUGCCUCGAUGAUGAGAUUACCAGUUCAAAACAAUACAGAAGGACUUGAUGCCUGUUUUGUUGGGGUGCCCCUGGACAUUGGGACGUCAAAUAGAUCAGGAACCAGGCAUGGACCACGUCAAAUAAGAUGUGAAUCUUCGCUCAUUAGGAAGGUGAACAUUGCCACAGGUGCAUGCCCAUUUGACUCGAUGCAAGUUGCAGAUGUUGGAGAUGUAAACCUGAAUCUGUACAAUCUCCCAAAGGCUUGUGAAGACAUCAGGAAACAUUUUCUAGGCCUCGUACAGGCAGGUUGUGUGCCUCUUGCGUUGGGCGGGGAUCACACCAUGACCUACCCCAUACUGCAAGCCAUUAAGGAGAAACAUGGCCCUGUAGGUCUGGUCCAUAUUGACGCCCACGCUGACACCAAUGACAAGAUGCUGGGAGAAUCAAUCGCCCAUGGAACGCCAUUCCGCCGUGCCUUCGAGGAGGGAUGUUUGGUUGGGAACAAGGUCAUACAGAUUGGUCUGCGAGGAUCUAACUAUACACUGGAUGACUACGAGUGGGGAAAGAAACAGGGUUUCCGCAUUGUUGAAGCCUUUGAGUGCUGGCAUAAGUCCCUGAGCCCACUGAUGGAGGAAGUGCGAGUGAUGAUGGGCGACCACCCAGUCUACAUAUCUUUUGACAUUGACGGCCUUGACCCAUGCUUUGCCCCUGGGACAGGUACCCCAGAGAUUGGCGGGCUGACAUCCAUACAGGGACUGGAGAUCGUGAGGGGCUGCAGGGGUCUCAACAUUGUUGGCGGGGACCUAGUGGAGGUAUCCCCACCCUACGACUUUCAAGGGACAACAGCCCUUACAGCCGCCAACCUGCUCUUCGAGAUGUUGUGUGUUCUUCCUAAAGUCAAAUAUGGGCUCAGAUAAAUAGUAUACAAUUAAACAUACACUAAAAAUGCAUUUUAUAAAACAGUGAUCACAUCUAUUUCUUAGAGUUGUGGUAUAAGGGUUUAUUUACAUUAUUUAUUCUAUGGAUUAACAUUCAUGCUGUACAAGUAUGAAUUUGCUCAAUUGCUUGUUGCUUGUAAUGAAACCUAUACGUCGUAUCUACAGCUACACAUAAAUGUUGAAUGUUAUACAGUAUAUAUACAUGCAUGCUUGUAAUGGCUACUACUGGGUUUUGUAUUUUUUUCAUGGUGAUUUAUAUUUUUAUUUGUUAAAUACAUACACAUGAACAUGAUUGUAUGUUUCAUUCAGUGUAUUGUGAUAACAGUUUGAUAUGUUGGAAACGUUUUUGUUUAAUAUUAUCAAAUAUAAUAAUUUUAAAUGGA